AUACUCACUCCAGUCGCUAUUCACCAUGAACGCUGCAAGUGGUCUCGAAACUAUUGAGGCGGCCAAGGUCCACCAGCCUCCGGUCGUUGAACCCACCAAGGAGAGCCUCGAGCAGGUCGUUCGCGAAGAGGAAUUCGAAAUCCCAACCGAGGAGGAGCUGAGAACUCUUCGUCGUGUUUCCGGACAGAUCCCAUGGUCUGCAUAUACGAUCGCCUUCGUAGAAUUGUGUGAACGUUUCUCCUACUAUGGAACGACCGCUGUUUGUAAGUGUCAAUCACACUUCUGAUGUCAUGACCUAGCUAACAUUCAACAGUCGUCAACUUUAUCCAGCAACCUCUCCCGCCCGGAAGUAGCACCGGUGCUGGUAAGGAAGGACAAUCUGGUGCCUUGGGUAUGGGCCAACGUGCCUCUACUGGCCUGACUACUUUGUGAGUGUUUUGUGUUUGAAAAAUUCGGGGCGUGACUGACCAGAAACAGCAACCAGUUUUGGGCCUACGUCAUGCCCCUUCUCGGUGCCUACAUGGCAGAUCAGUACUGGGGUAGAUUCAAGACGAUUCAAAUCGCCUGUGGUAUCGCUCUCGUUGGCCACGUUAUCCUAAUUAUCUCUGCUAUUCCCCAAGUCAUCACCAACCCGGAUGGAGCCAUUGCUUGUUUCGCUAUCGGUAUCGUCAUUAUGGGUAUUGGUGUUGGAGGUUUCAAAUCCAAUAUCAGUCCUUUGAUUGCUGAGCAAUGUACCGAGAAUGUCAUGAGAAUCAAAACGACGGCUAAGGGCGAGCGAGUCAUCAUGGACCCCGCUGUUACCACUUCUCGUGUCUUUUUGUACUUCUACCUCAUGAUCAAUGUUGGUUCUUUGACUGGAUCCAUCGGUAUGGUUUAUGCUGAAAAGUACAUCGGUUUCUGGUUGUCAUAUUUGCUUCCAACGCUCAUGCUGCUCCUCUGCCCCAUGGUCAUCUUCCUCUGCAAGAGCAGAUACAAGCUCACCCCACCUCAAGGAUCGACAAUCGCGAAGGCUGCAAAAUUGUGGUCGCUCGCCAUGAAGCCGAAGUGGUCGAUGAACCCUGUCACUCUCCGCAGGAACAUCAAGGCUCCUGGAUUUUGGGAUGUCGCCAAACCGUCGCAUCUCGGUGCUAACAAGCCAGCAUGGAUGACUUUCGACGAUGCCUGGGUUGACGAGGUCCGCCGAGGUCUGAUCGCCUGUAAGGUGUUCCUCUGGUACCCUCUGUACUGGCUUGCAUACGGUCAAAUGACCAAUAACUUGACUUCCCAAGCGGCUACCAUGAAGCUCGGUGGUGUCCCUAACGAUAUCGUAUCCAACUUUAACCCCCUCUUCAUUGUCAUCCUCAUCCCUGUUAUGGACAAGGUCGUGUAUCCAGCUUGCAGAAAGGCAGGUCUCCAUUUCACGCCCAUCAAGCGUAUCGCCUGCGGCUUCUUCCUCGCAUCCAUGGCUAUGGUCUCUGCAACUGUUACCCAAUGGUACAUUUACAAGCAGUCCCCUUGCGGCGGGAACAACGCCAACAGCUGCUACUUAGACGAGGCAGAGGAAGUAAAAUGGCACUCCAACAUCUCCGUCUGGGUACAGCUUCUGCCAUACGGACUCAUCGGUUUCUCCGAGAUCAUGGCAUCGGUGACCUCGCUUGAGUAUGCCUUUACCAAAGCCCCCGUUAACAUGCGAUCCUCGGUUACAGCCGUCUCGCUCUUCAUGAACGCUCUCUCAUCCGCUCUCGCUCAAGCACUCGUCGCCUUGGCCGAAGAUCCUCUCCUGGUCUGGAACUACGGUGUCGUCGCAGUCGUCGCUUUCAUCGGCGGUAUCCUUUUCUGGCUCGAUAACGCAAAGGUCGACUCCGAGGAGGAUCAGAUGAACUUGCUUCCUUCUGCGCAGUACAAGGCACGAGAGAAUGUUUCUGACCCUGAGAGUGCGGAGGGAACUAUGUAUGAGAAGAAUAGCACUGAGAAGCGACCUAGCGUGUAAGCGUUGGAUGUGUUUGACAAGGAUAGAUGGAGAAGUUGUGUGGUAACUCGCUCUUUCGCCAUGAUUUAGUUAAUGAAAAGUUGGAGAAAAACUCCUUACUCAAUUGAGCUUUGUAUUUCCCACUUCCUGUGAUGUCUCUGAGAACAAGAUGACUUCCACAUUGAGAAAAUAAUGGACUUUGUCUUCUCCAGUUCAGGAGCAAAGGGAGAAGCCAAAACAUAUCACGUGAAUAGCGUCAUCCAAGCCACUUUUCCCGUCAAGCUCAAUCUCACAACUUCUUUCUCUUCUUUCAUCCUUGAAAUGAGUCAGAAUACACUUUAGCUGCAUAUCUCGCAGUAUUAUCUUCAACACUCAUUGUCGCAACGUUCCACAAAAACCCAAACGAUGAGUCAGGCCGAACAGGUUCGGCAACGGAUGGCUCAGAUCUGAUUGAUCGACGCGACAUUGGUUGAAUUGGGGUUCUUGAUAUCUUCAUCUUUUAAACGGCAGCUUGCCACUUUCAAUGCCUUAUUAAGGUCACUCUUUCUUCUCCUAUGUGUAUAUACAUUCGCCAAUCAUUUUACCACCCUUCAAAGCCAGUUGCUAUACCUGUUUAAUCGUCAACAAAGCGACCAGCCAAUUCCCCUCACUUCCCCCACCUGAAUCCGAUCAUCACAUGACCAUGACUUCCACUACCGCAGAAGCAGCUACCACUAUCCUGGUGUCAUGUAAACAGACUCGCUUCCAUAUCGAGAACCCUGUAUAUCAAGAGCUUGACAUCGAAGGCCUGAACAUAACUGUCACCUCCGCUGGGCCAAAAGGAGCCAAGCCCAAAGGCAAAGCCCGAGCUGAUGGUCUCGAAAUCCUUGCUAAUGCAAGCUUGAAACUAAAGGCUGGUGUACACUAUGCAUUGAUUGGAAGAAAUGGAACAGGAAAGUCAACCAUCUUGAAAGCUAUUGCCGAGAAACUCAUUCCAGGCAUUCCCAUUCAGACUAGAAUUUCAAUUCUGCAGCAGACUUCGAAUGAUGGGUCAGAAGAGGGUGAGGUCACCAAUUCGUUGCAGAAUAUCAGGCUUGAAGGGAACCAGUUAUCUGUUCUGGAAGCGGUGAUCGAUAGGGCGACUUCGAGGAGUGAGAUUCAACGAGAGAUUGAUAGUGAGACACCACAACAACCGUCGAAGGAUGAUACUUACCAUUUCAGUUCUGUCCAAAGCAAUCGAUACUCCGGAAUCUGCUCUCUCUCCUUUACGAGCAUUUCGUCGAGUCCAGCAUGAUCGAUUGAAGAAGGAACUUUUUGAGCAUGACAAAGAUGCUCGCUUACGGAGUGGAACUAGAGGUAUGGCGGCUAGGAAGGCUUUGAUUGCUUUCGAGAAGAAAGUAGCGGAGUCUGAAGAACG